AUGACGGAUCGGCCCCCAGCAGCCCCCAGGAGCCCCCAGCAGCCCCCAGGAGCCCCCAGCAGCCCCCAGGAGUCCCCAGCAGCCCCCAGGAGCCCCCAGGAGUCCCCAGCAACCCCCAGGAGUCCCAGCAGCCCCCAGCAGCCUCCAGCAACCCCCAGGAGUCCCCAGCAGCCCCAGGAGUCCCCAGCAGCCCCCAGCAACCCCAGGAGCCCCCAGCAGCCCCAGGAGCCCCCAGGAGCCCCCAGCAACCCCCAGGAGUCCCCAGCAGCCCCAGGAGUCCCCAGCAGCCCCCAGGAGUCCCCACCCCAGCAACCCCCAGGAGUCCCCAGCAGCCCCCAGGAGUCCCCAGCAACCCCCAGGAGUCCCCAGCAGCCCCCAGGAGUCCCCAGCAGCCCCCAGCAGCCCCCAGGAGUCCCCAGCAGCCCCCAGCAACCCCCAGGAGUCCCCAGCAACCCAGCAGCCUCCAGCAACCCCCAGGAGUCCCCAGCAGCCCCCAGGAGUCCCCAGCAGCCCCCAGCAACCCCCAGGAGUCCCCAGCAGCCCCAGGAGUCCCCAGCAGCCCCCAGCAACCCCCAGGAGUCCCCAGCAGCCCCCAGGAGUCCCCAGCAGCCCCCAGCAACCCCCAGGAGUCCCCAGCAGCCCCCAGGAGUCCCCAGCAGCCCCCAGGAGUCCCCAGCGGCCCCCAGGAGUCCCCAGCAGCCCCCAGCAACCCCCAGGAGUCCCCAGCAGCCCCAGGAGUCCCCAGCAACCCCCAGGAGUCCCAGCAGCCCCCAGGAGUCCCCAGCGGCCCCAGCAACCCAGGAGUCCCCAGCAGCCCCCAGGAGUCCCCAGCAGCCCCCAGGAGUCCCCAGCAGCCCCCAGGAGUCCCCAGCAGCCCCCAGCAACCCCCAGGAGUCCCCAGCAGCCCCCAGGAGUCCCCAGCAACCCCCAGGAGUCCCCAGCAGCCCCCAGGAGUCCCCAGCGGCCCCCAGCAACCCCCAGGAGUCCCCAGCAGCCCCCAGGAGUCCCCAGCAACCCCCAGGAGUCCCCAGCAGCCCCCAGGAGUCCCCAGCAGCCCCCAGCAACCCCAGGAGUCCCCAGCAGCCCCCAGCAACCCCCAGGAGUCCCCAGCAGCCCCCAGGAGCCCCAGCAGCCCCAGGAGUCCCCAGCAGCCCCCAGCAACCCCCAGGAGUCCCCAGCAGCCCCCAGGAGCCCCCAGCAACCCCAGGAGUCCCCAGCAACCCCCAGGAGUCCCCAGCAGCCUCCAGCAACCCCCAGGAGUCCCCAGCAGCCCCCAGGAGCCCCCAGCAGCCUCCAGCAACCCCAGGAGUCCCCAGCAGCCCCAGCAGCCCCCAGGAGUCCCCAGGUGCAAAAACAAAGACAAACUCAAAUGUGCAAAAGGAGGGAAGCUGA